AUGACUUUCAGGCUGCUUGAAGUUGAUCUUGCCAACGACUUUGACCAAGUCAUUGAGUGCCAAUGGGCCUCGUACGAGAAACCCUAUCAACCCUUCUUCCGUCUCUUUUGCCCCCUUCUCGGUGACGGACCUUCUGCGAGAGAGGAGUCACUGAGGGAAUCCACAGCCCGCCAGCUGGUAUGGCACAACACUGAUUCAACAAGCUACUGGGGCAAGGUUGUGGAUGACGAUGGCACCAUUGUUGGUGCUUGUCUUUGGAAGAUAUACCCAACCAACCCCUUUGAAGACUAUAACGCCCAUGAAGAUGCCGACUGGCACCCUGAAGGGGAGAGGAGAGAGUAUGUCAGCAAAUGCCUAGAGCAAUUUGACCUACCGAGAAGUAAGAUGGGGGCGCGGCCACAAGUUUAUCUCAACAUCCUCUACACGCAUCCAGACUAUCGCCGUCAAGGCGUCGCCGACCUGAUCCUCAACUGGGGCAAGAAAAAGGCCGACGAGAUGGGCGUCGAGAUGUGGCUAGACGCGACCGAGCUCGGCGUGCCCGUUUAUAAGAAGCACGGCUUCACGGUUGUCAACGUCAACCGGUUGCAGCCCACCAAGGCGGAACCUGGCGAGGAGUGGAGGGAGAUUGAGAACGAGCUACAGCCCAUGACCUUUUGGCAGAUGUGGAGGCCUGCUGGUGGUGAUUACGUGGAGGGUAAGUCUGUGAAGCCUUGGGAGACUGACUCCUGGCAGAGUGAUAGCACUGAGGAGUAG